AUGCUGACAUGGUCGCAACUCAAAUCUGAACUAAUGGAGCAAUUUGGUGGCGAUUUGUCUGCCCCACCAAUUGAGUUGUUAGCUGCUCUUCGUCAAGUUGGUUCGAUGGAUGAAUAUUGCAAUGAGUUUCAUGUUCGGGCUGUCCAUAUCUCUGGGAUACCCUCUCAUAUCCAGUUAGGGAUGUUUCUGAAUGGGCUCAAGGAAGAGAUCCGUGUUCGUUUUUGCCCAAACGAUGCUACUGAUUUACGGACAGCAAUGCGGGUUGCACGCUCCAUUGCUCGUGAACUCGAUUUCCUGCACCAAGACAAACAUAAUAUUCAAUCUGCAGGAGUGACGAGGUGGAGCACGGGUUUCGGUUUGGGUUGGACUCUAAGCCCAACGUCCGCCAAUGCAAACUUGUCUAGUCCAAGCACACAUCAUCAUCAGACAAACCACGCCACUCCUAUGCCCAACAAUUUCCAUAAAACCACGAAGGGAAAUAUUCUUAUGCCACCUUCUCAACCUCCAGGUGCCGGUAUAUCUUUUCAGCGAGAUUCGGCUCCUUCAAUUGUUCAAAAGGGUAUUCGACGUUAUUCUCACCAGGAAUACCAGGACUUGCGUGCGAAAGGACUUUGUUUCCGAUGCAAACAACCCUACAGCCCCAUGCAUGUUUGUCCAAAUAAAUCAUUGUGGACUUUAAUCGCAGCAGAAGAUGAGGACACUAACACCGACGACCCACCUGGGGUAUAUACCACGGAUGAUGCCCCAUUACACGUGUUGGACCUGCCCCUCUCUUCCAUUGGAGGUAUCGACCGCCCCCAAACAAUGAAAUUUCGCGGCCGGGUAGAACACAAUGAUGUGGUUAUUAUGAUUGACAGCAGGGCAAGUCAUAAUUUUAUCUCAUCUGACUUGGCAACCAAGCUCAAACAACCUUUAGAGGCCACAUCCCGUUUUGGUGUUCGCUUGGGCGACGGACACCAGUCUGAAUCCUCCGGUAAAUUUUCCAAACUUCCAAUUCAUUUGGGGCCUCUUACAAUGACCGUGGAUUGCUUCGCUUUUCCCUUGGGUGCUGUCGAUUUAAUUCUCGGGGUCACUUGGCUCGCAUCUCUGGGCACUAUUCGUGCUAAUUGGGCUACAAUGACAAUGGAAUUUGAAGACCAUGGGCAGUACAUCACGUUGACUGGAGACCCGACUCUUUCUCGCCUCCCAAUCUCCUUUAACUCUGUCGAAUAUUUGAAAGAUGUUGAGUAUGCUGUCAUCCUUAUGGACAUAUCAUCAUUUCAGCUCAACACCUCUGCCAUCAUUGCCCCUCCUGGGCCCCAAUCAACUCAAUUGGAGGAGCUACUCAAUGAUUACUCGCAAGUCUUUGGUGAACCCGAGGGACUGCCACCGGUUCGACACAAUGACCACAAGAUUAUUCUACAAUCGGGCACAACACCAUUUAGCGUUACACCGUAUCGAUAUGGCCACACCCAAAAAGACGAGAUUGAACGAUUGUUUCAUGAGUUCAAAGCUAAUCCGAAGAAAUGUCAAUUUGGUCAGUCUUCAGUGGAGUAUUUAGGCCACAUCGUUUCUCAUGCCGGGGUGGCUAUGGACCCUGCCAAAAUCUCCAGCGUCCUCCGUUGGCCGGUACCUCGAUCCUUAAAAGCAGUUCGUGGAUUUUUGGGAUUAACUGGCUAUUAUCGUCGAUUUAUUCGGCACUAUGGCUCAAUUGCCAAUCCUCUCACCACACUCUUAAAGAAGGACUGUGUGGCUACGUUCCAAUGGCCCGAGGCAGCACAAUCUGCUUUUGAUGCUUUGAAGAAUGCCGUUACCACCUCUCCAGUCUUGGCCAUGCCAGACUUCUCAAGACCAUUUAUUAUUGAAUGUGAUGCAUCGGGAACUGGGGUAGGAGCCGUUCUGCUGCAAGAACGCCGCCCCAUUGCCUUCUUCAGCAAGGCCCUCUCUGGGAAGACUUUAUCCAAAUCUACCUACGAAAAGGAAUUAAUGGCUCUUGUGAUGGCCAUUCAACACUGGAGGCCAUAUCUCAUAGGUCAUCGUUUCAUAGUACGGACUGACCACCGGAGUCUACGAUACUUAUUACAACAGCGUAUCUCCACUCUGUCACAACAGAAUUGGGUUGCUAAAUUACUUGGUUAUGAUUUUGAAGUAGUCUAUAAGCCAGGCUCCACCAAUUGCGUAGCAGAUGCCUUGUCUCGCAGUCACGAUGACUUGCAACUUUCCGCUAUAUCCAUCCCCGUGUGGUUGGAUUGGGGUGCUCUCGAGUCUGCUAUUUUGGAGGAUUCAACGCUUCAACCACUCAUUGCCCGAUUGCAUAAAGAUCCUGAUAGCUGCCCCCCGUACAAAUUGAUCAACGGUCGCCUCUUCUAUAAGGGUCGUAUUGUGCUUCCUUCUACUUCAACUUGGACCUCUCGACUCCUCGAGGAGUUCCAUUCCACUCCAAUGGGGGGGGCAUUCAGUGGGGCAAGUGCCUUCAUUGGGCAGAAUACUGGUACAACACGACUUUUCAGGGAGUUGCUCAACGGACUCCCUUUGAGAUUGUGUAUAGCAGGACACCUCCAACCUUGCAACAAUAUUUACCUGGUGAGUUUCGGGUGGCAGCAGUGGCCGAUGCUCACUAUGAUCGCAAUGAAUUACUCCGUCAGCUUCGUUUCAAUUUGGAGAAAGCUCAACAUCGCAUGA